GGGUCUUUCAGGCGAUGGUAGCUCAGAGGCGGAAAGCUGUGGACUUUGCACUGAGCCUCCAUAAUUACUGUGUGGAUUGUGAGGAGACCAGGAAGUGGAUUCUAGAAAAGACCAAAGUCAUUGAAUCCACACAGGAUCUUGGCAAAAACCUAGCAGGCAUGAUUGCUAUGCAGAGGAAGUUAUAUGGCAUUGAACGUGACUUAGCAGCUAUCCAAGCCCGGCUUGCAGCCCUACAGCAGGAAGCACACCGUCUUGCUGAGGAACAACCUGACCUAGCAGAUGACAUCUAUAGUCGUCUGACAGCUGUCACUGGAUUCUGGCUAGACCUGCAGAAUACACUGCAGAGCCAGGAAGCCUCCCUUGGUGAGGCCAGUAAAUUGCACAAGUUUUUGCAGGACUUAGAUGACUUCCAGGCAUGGCUUUUCAAGGCACAAAAAGCUGUUGCUUCAGAAGAGGUUCCCAACUCCUUGCUAGAAGCUGAGCAUCUCCGGCAGCAGCAUGCUGCUGUUAAGGAAGAAAUUGAUCAACACAGGGAUGAUUAUCACAAUGUCAAAGAGACGGGAGCCAGAGUGACUCAAGGGCAGACGGAUAUGGAAUAUCAGCAGCUAGAACAGCGGCUCCAGGGAAUGGAUACAGGCUGGAACGCCUUAUGCAAAAUGUGGGAAAGUAGGGAGAAAUUUCUCAACCAGUGUCUUGGCUUCCAGGAAUUUCUUAAAGAUGCAAAACAGGCCGAGAUUGUCCUUACUAAUCAGGAAUAUACUCUGGCUCACAUCGAGCCCCCAGACACACUGGAAGCAUCUCAAGCUGCCAUCCGAAAAUAUGAAGAUUUCCUUGCUACAAUGGAAGCUAAUGAGGAAAAAAUCACUGGGUUGGUGAACUGUGGGAAUAAACUCGUGGCUGAUGGAAAUAUUUACUCUGAUAAAAUUAAAGAAAAAGUCCAGCUGAUUCAAGAGAGGUACAGAACAAAUAUCACAAAAUCUCAGGAGGCAUUUGUAUUGCUGAAGGACAAUCAUGCUUUGCAAAACUUUUUACAGAAUUGCCAAGAGCUUACUGUUUGGAUUGAAGAGAAGAUGCUGACUGCACAAGAUGUGUCCUAUGAUGAAGCACGGAAUUUGCAUAGCAAGUGGCUGAAGCACCAGGCUUUCAUGGCGGAACUCGCUUCUAACCAAGCAUGGCUGGAUAAAGUAGAUGAGGAAGGACAGCAACUAGCAGAGCAGAAGCCCCAGUAUGAAGACAUGGUUCACAAGAGGCUAGCAGAUCUGCAUCAGCUUUGGGACAAGCUGCAAGAAACCACAGAGGAGAAGGCUCAGCAUUUGUUUGAUGCCAACCGAUCUGACCUUUAUGCACAGAGUUAUGCUGACCUUGGUGCAUGGAUCGGUGAGAUGGAGCAGCAACUGAAAUCUGAUGUUCAGGGGAAAGAUCUUACUAGUGUCAACAUCCUGCUGAAUAACCUGAAACGAUUGGAUGAGCAAGUAAGUGUGCGGAAAAAAGAAAUGGAAGACUUGUUACGUCAGGCACCUCCUGCCAGAGGAGACCAACAUGAAGUGGAUGGCAAGCAUGAGAUUAUUAAGAAGCAGUUUGGAGAUCUUUUGGGGCCAUUGGAAAAGAGGAGGAAGGAACUGGAGACAGCUAAGGCUGGAUACCAACUGGACCGGGAUCUGGCAGAUGAACUGCUUUGGGUGCAAGAACGUCUCCCCCUUGCAGAAUCCACUGAUCAUGGCACAAACCUCUUGUCAGUGCAGCUUCUUACAAAGAAAACUCAGACACUUCAGAAAGAAAUUGCUGGCCAUGCCCCACGCAUUGAAGAAGUCAUCUUCAGAGGGGAGAGCAUGAUGACAGGAGGGGAUGGGGAUUUCAAGGAUACUGAAGAAUGCCUUAAGCAGCUGAGGGAUUCUUGGAACACUUUACAAGAGGAAACCUUGAAAAGGUUGCAGCGUCUGGAAGAAGCAAGUGAGGCCCAACGGUAUUACUUGGAUGCUGGAGAAGCAGAGGCUUGGAUAAGUGAGCAAGAGCUUUAUGUGGUAACAGAUGAGGAGCCAGAGGAUGAAGAGAGUGGCAUUGUGAUGCUGAAGCGGCACCUUCGUCAGCAACGAUCCAUAGAAGACUAUGGUAAAAACAUCAAACAGCUGGCUGGUCGGGCUCAGAAGCUGCUGUCUGCUGGACAUCCAGAAGGGGAGGAGAUCAUCCGAUUGCAAGGGCAAGUAGACAAGCAGUAUGCAGGCUUGAAGGACCUGGCUGAGGAACGUAGACGUAAGCUAGAGCAUAUGUGCCACCUGUUCAAGUUGAAGCGAGAAGUUGAUGAUUUGGAGCAGUGGAUUGCAGAGAGAGAUGUAGUAGCAUCAUCCCCAGAGAUGGGGCAAGACCUCGACCAUGUCACUCUGCUGCGGGAAAAGUUCCGUGACUUCGCCCGAGAAACGGGGAGCAUCGGGCAGGAGCGGGUGGACAGUGUCAAUCUCAUCAUUGAACAGUUGAUUGACGUUGGCCACCCGGAGGCUGCCACGAUUGCUGAGUGGAAGGACAGUCUGAAUGAGAGCUGGGCUGACCUGUUAGAGUUGAUUGACACCAGGAUGCAGCUGCUAGCUGCCUCCUAUGACCUGCACAAGUUUUUCUACGAUGGUGGCGAGAUCCUGGUUCUUAUUGAGGAGAAGCACAAAGAGCUACCUGAGGAGCUAGGUCUGGAUGUCAGCACAGCAGAGUCAUUCCACAGAAUGCACACAGCUUUUGAACGAGAUCUCCACUUAUUGGAAGUGCAGGUUCAGCAUUUCCAGGAGGUGGCAGCACGUUUGCAGGCAGCUUAUGCUGGGGAACAGGCAGUUGCUAUUCACAUGCAAGAGCAGGAGGUGGUGAAGGCUUGGAAGGCUCUGCUUCAAGCUUGUGAGGGACGGCGGGCUCAGCUUGUUGACACAGCAGAAAAAUUCCGUUUCUUCAGCAUGGUCCGGGACCUUGUAUCUUGGAUGGAAGUUGUGAUCCGACAAAUUGAAACUCAGGAAAAGCCCAGGGAUGUUUCAUCUGUGGAGCUCCUGAUGAAAUACCACCAGGGGAUAAAGUCUGAGAUAGAUACAAGGGACAAAAGUUUCACCACCUGCAUUGAUCUUGGCAAAGGAUUGCUGCAGCGCAGGCAUCAUGCUGCAGCUAAGAUAAAGGAGAAGCUGAUGCAAUUGACAGAGAAACGAAGGGAGAUGUUGGAGAAGUGGGAUAGACGUUGGGACUGGCUUCGUUUAUUGUUAGAGGUAUGUCAGUUUUCCAGAGAUGCCGCAGUGGCUGAGGCCUGGCUUAUUGCCCAGGAGCCCUAUCUGUCCAGUGGUGACUAUGGGCAAACUGUGGAUAGUGUGGAGAAACUGCUGAAAAGACAUGAAGCCUUCGAGAAAUCCACAGCCACAUGGGAGGAACGAUUUGCUGCUCUUCAACGGCUGACCACCCUCGAAUUACUAGGGAAGAGAAAAAUCUCAGAGGAAUCCUCACAGCACAAAGUAGCCAGGACCACAGACUUGGAAUUUGACUUCGAACUAGAGCCAGAACAUGAAGCAGGGCCUAAAGAAGAGGGCGAGAAGAAGGUGGAGUUCAAUCUGAAAGAGGCCCUUUCUCAUGAGACAGAAGACUCAUCACUGCAGGUACAAGAAAAUGAGAAGCCAGGCCAUGAAACCAUUUCAGAAGAGCUGCCUACAGAAAAUCUGCCACAGACAGAGAUCAAAGUAGGUGGUGAAGAAACAUCUAUGAAGGAAUCAGUCUUUAGAGUGCCCCAGACCCCUGUGAGUGAAAUAGAUGAAACAGCAACUCUUCCUGCACAGCUGGAUAGAUCUCACAGUGUACAACUUGAGGGUUAUCUGGGACGGAAGCAUGAUCUAGAGGCACCUAAUAAGCGGGCUUCCAACAGAUCUUGGAAUACGUUAUACUGUGUGCUCAGGAACAGUGAGCUGACCUUUUAUAAGGAUGCCAAAAGCUUGGCCCUAGGUGUGCCUUACCAUGGAGAGGAGCCUUUUCGUCUGAAGAAUGCCUUCUGUGAAGUAGCAGCUGAUUACAAGAAGAAAAAACAUGUCUUUAAGUUGAGACUCAGCAAUGGAAGUGAAUGGCUCUUUCAUGGGAAAGAUGAGGAUGAGAUGCACACCUGGCUUCAGGGCUUCAGCACAGCAAUAAUUGAAUCCCAAAGCAUUAAAACCAAGGCCCAAAGCCUGCCUCUGCCUUCCAUCACUACCAUGGAUGUGAGCCUGACCAAGAAAGACAAAGAGAAGAGAUUCAGCUUCUUUCCCAAAAAGAAAUAGCCAAGCAGAUGGUUUGCUCCAGUCAGAUGCCUAUGCUCUACUGUGCAUAAUAUGAAAAAAACUGCAUGUGUGAGUGCCCCUGGGCACUCCUGGCACCACUCAACACUGUUCUCAUCUCCCCAACACAGCCUUGCUUCUCAUUUCCCACCACAUCUCCAUCUCCCCUCUGUCCCCAAAAGGGCAUCAAGCCAACAUUUCAGGUAAGAAAGCACCACCCUUGCUCCAAUACAGCCUGUAUUGUCUCAAGAAGAGAUAAGAGACAAAUAUCAUUGUUUGGCUCACUGGAAAAGCAGAAUUCAGCCAGACAAAGCUUGUAAUGUGAUCAUUUGUAGACCCAAGCAGACACCUCUCAGAAAGAGAACUGUGUGGAUUUCAGGGAUUUCUUAUGGAGGAAAGGUAUGGAGCAGGAACAUAGAUUAACAGGGACUUGAUGAAAACCAUGAAAGCUUAGUACGUGAUUUUGGAAUGCUUUCCCUUCCUAAAAUAUAUAUAUGAUAUGAAAAUGUAUCUCUGGAUCGUUACAGAAAGCCCUUUCCCCAGUCGUCCUUUAAAUAGAAAAGAAGGGUCACACGACUUCACAGCCAUCUCUACAGCAUAAAGGAAGGACUCUUUUGGAAAAACACAGGCAGUGGAUGAUGAGCGAGCUUCUGGCUUGUUUCAGUGCCCUGGUGGAAGGACAAAAAUCCAUUUUCAGCAGCCCAAAUGCUCCUCUCGGUAGGAAACUGGAAUUUACCUACAUGCACAGCACUUUGUCACAAAGCACAGAACUCUUUCUCACAAAAAUGUUCUACCACCCACGACAAUAGUGACAAAAUCCCUGCUGAUUUUAAUGGACCAGCAUUACAAUCAGAGGAAAUGCCCACAUGUGAACAUCUGCACUAAACUGGUUAGAACAGAGCCAUGUUAGAAAUACACAUGUGGAGCAGUGGGGAGGGAGGAACUCUGCUUUCCUCAUCCUCCACAGUGAGCACAGUCUACCUAAAGUUAUUUGCUGCUAAAUUACACUGAAAAAGACCAUGCUGACUUCAGUGGAUGAAAGUUGCAAUCAACCUUCACUGGAUUGUGCCCUAUAUUACUUAGUGGGAUCUUAUUACUUCCAUUAUUUAUGCUGAAGUUCAUUUUGUGGCCAGCCUGAAUCUGGGUGCCAUGCCUUCCACCAAGCUUUCUGAAAACAUCUAUGUUGACUCAGCUCUCCAGAAGCAAAUGGCUCCUCCAUUGUUCCUCUUUGAAAAUAUAUGGUGCCUGAGCAUGGCCUUUGGUAAUUCACUGCACUCUGCUUAUACUCCUUUAGAGUGACUUUUUCAGUCACUGCAAAUGCACAGUGCUAGUCCUAGCUGCUCCCUUCUGCAGAGACCUCUGCCUGUGAUGUUUGUGUGAAUGGCUGUUUAAAAUACAUGCAGAGAACACCCAGUGCUAACUGUAUGAAAUUCACAAAUCACUUUUCCAAGGUGAAAAAUUCUGUGCCAUGAGCAGAGAGCUGCUCAGAGCGGAAUUGCUUUUUUUGGAACAUAUUCUUUGGGAGCUUGUAGUCUAUGCCAUUAGGAGGAGCCUGGAAAUUACCCUUUCCUGCAGUGCCAUCUUUGCAGGAAUGGUGAUGUUGGCUGGUACUCAAGGUCUCAUAUAAUACUAGACUACCAUUGUUCUGUUGCCUUUUGAGCACCCCACCCCUAGGGCUCAUUGUUAUUUCAGAGUCAACCUCAUUUUUCUUUGUGGAUGCCAUAUACCAUACUGAAAGUGCCUUAACCUAGGGGCUUCCCAUGAUCAUCACACCUAGAGUGAGUGAGCAAGCUCAAUAAACACCAUGCACAGAACAGCUUGGAUACUCAUCACUCUAGGGGAAGCUAUAAACAUCUCUUUUAUGCCAGAGACACCCUUGGGCGUUGUGAAAGGGUUGUCUUGCUAUAUACCCACCACCACCCCUUUUGGAAAGGAGGAGGGCUUUCUGUUUGUUUUAUACAGAUUGCAGUGUCCAUGGCUCUAGUUAACAAUGGUUGAGGCUCAGGUUGUUUCCAGUGUUAUUUUCUGUCAAGUCUCAAAAAGCUCUGCUUCUCUAGGUCUCCUGGGCUGUAAUGUGUAGUCCACAUGGACUUCUGAACUAAUGUGGGCAGAACAGAUUUUCCACAAGGUCACAAUUGAAAAAGCCAUGAAAAACAAGUAUAAAUCUUUUUAAAAGGUGAUGUUAUUUUGUUCCUGUUAUUAUUGAUUUUGGGUAGGCUUGGCACUAUUGAAUAGUGCUAAUGUAGUUAUGCAACCCAACACUUAAUCUGCCAGCACUUCCCCUUCUCAGUGCUACUUUAAAGGAUCAUUGCUAUAAAGGAAAGUCCCCCACUUUCCAGGUUUUUCUUCAAGGAAAAAUGCAUAGGCAGGCAUAUUGCUCAAAUGCACUUUCAGUGGUCCUGCUAGCAGAUUAUACCACAACCCAUAAAUAAGAAAAAUUGGACACUGAAAACCUGCCGAGUGGCCAGAACAGAACUGAGAUGUAAAGCAGGUAAUAUUACUGAGCAAGACUGAAUAAACUUUGUGGUUCAUAACUGGAUACUCUACAGGAAGAGGAAGUAGUGUCAGAAUGCCCUCAAAAGCAAAUAAUCAAUUCAGAAAUAUUUUUUGUAAUCACAAGAAUUUAGCUAGAGACAGGUGAGAUAACAUGGUGUUACAACAUGUAUAUGUAUAAUUGUGAACAAUUUUUAGCAGCAUUUGUGCUACAAAAACCUGGAGCCCAGUCCUCAGCAGGUGGAGGUAGACCUGAGCUCACUCCAGUCAGCAAUGGUGCACUUCACUGCAGAACAGCAGGCUCUGACAACAAGCAAAACAUACAGCAUGACUAGCAUCUACUUAAGUGUUCUGGGUACAAGAUUUCCUAUUUAAACAAAAUGUCCUUACGUUCUGUUCAAAGACUGGAACAUGGAAGUUCAGUUGAAGGGUCUUUGUGACCUUUACUAGGGAGAACCCCUUGAUAUCAAGGUGAGAACUCUUGCAGCAAACUUUUAUUGAGUUCAUGUUAUAUGCUCUAUCCCAGUGCACCUGUGUGAGGAAGUAUUCUUCCUGAAACCAGGUAAUGUUACUUUUCAAUUCUGCUAAUUUCCUAUGGAUUAGUGGCAUUGUCAACUCUUCCAUUGCACUGUCAAAGUCAAGGUGCUAAAAAGAGGGUGGUAGUGGGAUUUCCUCCCACCCUUCAAUCCUUGUUUGCAGAAGGGAAUAUUAAUUAGCUCACACUGAAAUAGGUAAUGACGCUGUUAAACCAAAAAAGUAUGAAGUUCUGGAUUCAGUGUGAAUUUUUUAAAUCUUAUGUAAAGGUGACCCAAAGAUAUGAGAGAGUAGUAAUAGUGAAGGAAUAUGACAGGUUCUGUAGCUUUAGGGUAAUUUUUUUAAAUGUAAAAGUAUAAAGUAUGUGAGAAUUAGGAUGGACUGAGUUGACUCUUUUGCAAAUACCAGUCAAAGAAAUCUUGACUCAACCUGCUACCCAACUGCAGUUAUACAAAAUGUUUUAGGGCACAAUAGGUAUUCUGCAUAAAGAGCUCAGCUGUCAGUUCAUUUCUUGAAGGAGACUUUCAGCUGUUACUCUUGAGUACGCUAUACUCAUUUUGGGUAAAUUGAAAAGAUGAUAAGCUAUUCUGAUUCUGUGACCACUGCUUUACCCAGAAUAAUGUUCUAAUUGUAAAUUAACCCACCAUAGUCUGUUCUCUUAGAUCCAUUUCAAAUUUGGUCUCAGCUUGGCAAGUUUUGCAUACAGUUGUCUGGGUGUCGCCACGUCUCACUGCAUUGUGCUCUUACUCAUUACAGACCAGGAGCAUUUCGUUAUCCAUCAAAAAUAAUUUGUCUGGUGACUUGCAGCCUCCCCAUGCCUGGCUCUGCCCAAUGUUUCCUUCUUAGGAGAAAUGAUGUGAAACAUGACUUAACCUCCAUCAAGCUGGUGUCCCACCAGACUUACUUUCCAUGACCCCACUGAUGCAGAGGUCAGGGUGUGUUAGAUGGGAGCUUCGUAUCAAAAGACCAGGCCUAAAACAUGUCUGCUUCACAGUAGCAAGGACUGUUUCUUGGAGAUUAGAAGAACAGCUGCAAGAGCCCAGGACCUCUCUCACAGGUCCAUGGUUUGGGAUUAAUUCUCUUUUAACAGCUAGGCACCAAGUUCCACUUGCUCCAAUGUGCUUCCACUGUCCAGAGAAAAAGAGCUAAAGCUUCAGAAUGUGCUUCAGAAGCAAUUUAAUAACAUUUUUUUUCCUAAUAAAUGAACAAAUAAAUCAUUUC